CUAUUUAGUUGACCUAUAACCCUGUCAAGCUCCAUCUCUCUCUCACAACCAAAUCAUGGAUCCUCUCUUCUCCAUCUCUCUGGUACUUGUUCCCAUCUUCUUCAUCUUCCUGAUGAAGAAAAGAAGAUCAUCAAAAAGACUUCCUCCCGGCUCACUAGGACUACCCUUUAUCGGACAAAGCCUCGGACUUCUGCGUGCCAUGAGAGCUAAUACUGCUGAAAAAUGGCUUGAACAAAGGAUCAAAAGGUAUGGACCAAUAUCAAAGCUUAGUCUUUUUGGCAAACCAACUGUUUUCAUCUAUGGACAGGCUGCAAACAAGCUUGUUUUCGCCAGCGAUAGCAGCAAGAUCUCAAACAAACAAGUCCAGUCCAUAAAGAUGAUUCUGGGUGAUAGGAAUUUAUUAGAACUGAGCGGCCAAGAUCACAAGCGCGUCCGAAAUGCUCUCAUGAUGUUUCUGAAGCCUGAGUCACUGAAAGAGUAUGUGGGGAAGAUUGAUGAAGAAGUGAGAGAGCAUCUUCAAAUGCAUUGGCAAGGGAAGCAAGAGGUCACGGUGCUGCCAUUGAUGAAGACACUCACUUUCAACAUAAUAUGCUCAAUUCUGUUUGGACUCGAGCGAGGAACUCUAAGAGAUCUGUACCAGGAAAGGUUUAAAGAGAUGACACAAGGAAUGUGGUCAGUGCCAAUCAACUUGCCCUUCACACGCUACAACUGCAGCCUCAGAGCAAGUAAGAAGGUGCAGAACAUGCUUAAGGAUCUUGUAAGUGAGAAACGGGCGGAACUCGAGCAAAAUAAGGCUUCUCCUUGUCAAGACCUCAUCACUUGCUUGCUCAGUAUUAGCGACGAAAACAAUGAACAAGUAGUUUCUGAAAAGGAGAUCAUUGACAAUAUUAUGCUUGUCAUGUUUGCUGGACAUGACACUUCAUCUGUUCUAAUCACUUUCUUGAUCCGGGAACUGGCUAACAAUCCAGCUGUCUAUGCCGGUGUUCUUCAAGAACAAGAAGAGAUAGCUAAGAGCAAGUCCACCGGAGAAUCGUUGGCGUGGGAAGAUCUCGGGAGGAUGAAGUACACAUGGAGAGUAGCAUUGGAGGUUUUGAGGAUGUUUCCUCCAGUCUUUGGUGGUUUCAGGAACACUUUGAAAGAUUUAGAAUACAAUGGAUACCUUAUCCCCAAAGGGUGGCAAAUAUUUUGGGUUACAAAUAUGACUCACAACGAUGAUACCAUAUUCCCGGAGCCAUUGAAGUUUGAUACUACCAGAUUUGAGAAGCAAGCAUCCAUUCCGCCCUACAGCUUCAUCCCGUUUGGAGGAGGGGCUCGGAUAUGUCCAGGAUAUGAGGUUGCAAGGAUUGAAACACUUGUGACAAUCCAUUAUCUGGUCACUCAAUAUACAUGGAAGCUAUGUUCGGACAAUUUCUUCAAAAGGGACCCAAUGCCGGUACCAACGAAAGGACUACCAAUCAAAAUUGUACCAAGAAAAGUUAUAUAAUUGUAAGAAUUUGAGAUUUCUCUUGAUUUCUCUUAUGUUAAGCAUUUGUAUGUGCAGGGCUUUAUAUGUCUGUGUGUUCCUGUGUCAUAUGUUACUGUUUAAGUUAGCUCAACUAGUGUUAAAGUAAGAACAAAUGCUUCAUUUGUGUUACUGUGAAAAUAUAUUACAGACAGAUUUCUGGUUUACAGCAGAGAAAAAUUUUCUUCCCCCA